AUGGCUGUUUCUCUAACUUGCGCCGAUCACUUUGCAAACCACAGGGUUGAUGUUCCUUCUUGCUUUGUGGGUCUUGUAUUGGAGAACUGUGAUCUUCCAUAUCCAAAUCAUGGCCAUGUCAUCUUAGCAAACCCUUCCCCUAUCCUCUUGUAUCCAAUCAGCAAAACCGAAGUUCGUUGUUUAGUUGAUAUACCGGGGAAAAAGCUUCCUUCUCUUGCAAAUGGUGACAUGGCAAAAUACUUAAAUUCCAUUGUUGCCCCUCAGCUACCCACUCAACUCCAUAACGCUUUUGUGGGUGCUGUUAACAAAGGGAACAUAAAAACAAUGCCAAACAGGACCAUGCCAGCUGUUCCCGUUCUUACACGUGGCGCACUUCUAAUGGGUGAUGCUUUCAACAUGCGUCAUCCGUUGACAGGUGGCGGGAUGACUGUUGCACUUUCUGAUAUUGUUGUGUUACGUGACCUUCUUAAAUCGUCACGUGAUUUUACCGAUGCUGACUCACUUUCCAAAAACAUCGAAUCGUUCUACACGUUACGUAAGCCGGUGGCGUCUACGAUAAAUACGUUAGCGGGGGCUUUGUAUAGGGUGUUUUGUGCUUCUUCAGAUGAAGCGAUGAAGGAAAUGAGGGAAGCUUGUUUUGAGUAUUUGAGCCUUGGAGGUGGAUGUGCAAGUGGGCCGGUCGGGUUACUUUCUGGGUUAAACCCGAGUCCGGUUCAAUUGGUCCUUCAUUUCUUUGGUGUAGCUGUAUAUGGGGUUUUUCGUCUUUUACUACCUCUACCCUCACCUAACAGGCUAUGGAUCGCAGCCAGGUUGAUUUUGAGUGCAUGUGGGAUUAUUUUUCCGAUUAUUAAAGCGGAAGGAGUGAGGCAAAUGUUUUUUCCGGCUAGUUUGCCGGCGUAUUACAGAGGUUCUCCGAAGAAGGGUUUACAAUGACAUUUGGAGAAGAUAUUGGUUGAAGUCAAAUAUAGCUUAGAUUAGAAAUCAUGUUCUAGCAAUUGUAAAUAUUGAUUUGUGUGAGUAUUAAUUGUUUAGUUUGCAGUAACAGAUGUAGAUGUAUAAUAUAAUGUUGGAAAUUGAAAAUGUUCUCGUUUAAAGAAACUUCUUAUUUUUGAU